UACGCUUGUGUAAAGUCGUUACGUAACACAGAUUUGCAGUCUCCCAUCGCGUUGGAAAGCAGAUUUGGCGUCUCAUUUUCAGUUCUAUUAGCCUUGCUUGGACUGUCAUCAGUCAUUCACUACCUUCACAUAGGCGAAACACUUACCAUUCAUUUCUGAAAGUUUAAUACUAAACCCUUCUAACGAGAUGUUAAAUGCUAAACCAUAAAAGUCCUUCUAACGAGGUGUUAACUAACCGCGCACAGGUCUUCACUGGUAUUUUUGAAGAAUAAGAUUCCUCAUGCUUAGCUGACAGGUACCUUUAAUGACAUUUGUGGACAAAGUGAGUCAAACCUUAGCCAAAAUGGCUGUCUGGGUAUUCAGAGAAAUGUUUCUAAAAAAUAUAAUAUAACAGACACAAUGUGUAACUUUCGAGUCAGCCUUUCCAUGUUUUCAGAGCAAUUGGUGAGAUUGGUUUUUUUUAAACCGUCGCCAGAUUUCUCGUAGCCUAGAAAUUUGCCGUGAAUGAACCCUCCUCGUCGUCCCCAAAGCCCCUGUAAUGCUCGGUGGGUGAACCCGCAAGGUGUGGGGGCGGGGUUCGCGUUGACAGGGAGGAGGGAGUCGUGGGGGAGGCGGAGUCACGGCAGUUCUACCAGCGCCGCCAUUUUUGCAAAGGGAAAAGAGACAGGGGUAGAGGGAUCUAGUUUCCUACAAGUCAGCGUAGGUAGGGCAGUAUUAAAACAGUUUUAACUGAAUUAAAACUGUACAUUAGGUUGUGAUCACAGCUGUAAUAAUAGAAGAAAGAGUACAUAGGGUUUUACAAGAGGUGUGUUGCAAGAUUCAACAUUUUAAAACCACUGUUAUAGAUCCGCAGUGGAGACCGAAGUAUUGUUUUGGUUGUGUGGAGUCACGGGCGGCGGGGGUCUCACCCGGGUCCCCUGUUUCUUCAUUCAGAGCAAUUAUAGUGGACAUUAACGGCCUCGUGGAUGCACUUAGAUGUCUGCAAUGAGUGCUGUGGCUGGCAUGCCUCAGUGUUUUGGAUUCCUCUGCUCUGGACUCAGUAGGACAAGGACUCAGCAGAGAACGUCAUGAGCAUAGGCGUCCCUGUAGGGGUGGACACGGCAGACACCUCAUACCUCAACAUGGCUGCAGGAUCAGACAGACCGGAGUCAGUGGAGGCGAGCCCCGUGGUGGUGGAGAAGUCUAGCUACCCGCACCAGAUCUACAGCAGCAGCUCCCACCACUCGCACAGCUACAUCGGCCUGCCGUACGCUGACCACAACUAUGGAGCGCGGCCUCCCCCCACGCCGCCCGCCUCCCCCCCGCCGGUGGUGCUGAUCCGUCCGGGCGACGGGCUGCUGGUGGGCGGGCAGGACGAGGCGUCGCGCGGCACCACGCUCAGCACUUCGGAGGACGGCAGCUACGGGGCCGACAUCACCCGCUGCAUCUGCGGCUUCACGCACGACGACGGCUACAUGAUCUGCUGCGACAAGUGCAGUGUGUGGCAGCACAUAGACUGCAUGGGCAUCGACCGGCAGCACAUCCCCGAGACGUACCUGUGCGAGCGCUGCCAGCCGCGCACCCUGGACCGCGACCGCGCCAUAGUGCUGCAGACGCGCAAGAGGGAGAACAUGUCAGAUGGGGACACCAGCGCCACGGAGAGCGGAGACGAGGUUCCGCUGGAGCUGUAUUCGGCCUUCCAGCACGCGCCCACCAGCCUGACCCUCACCACCGCUCGCCUGGGCCACAAGCCGCCUGAAAAGAAGCGAAAGAGAAGCGGCGACAAGGAGCCGCCCACCACAGCUCGCGCGAAAAAGGCCUUCCGGGAGGGGUCACGGAAGUCCUCCAGAGUGAAGGGUUCGGCCCCUGACGUGGACCCGAGCGACUCUCCGUCGCUGUGGGAGAGUAAGAUGCAGCUGUGGACGGAGCGCUACGAGGAGGCCAGCAGCAACCAGUACAGCGAGGACGUGCAGACGCUGCUGCGCAUCAAGGAGGCCAGCCACGUCAAGACGCUGGCCUACAACACACACACCGCCAGCUUCAAGCCUCCCGUGGAGGUAACCGAAACACUCGAAAUGAGCCAGCUGCAGCAGAGCAAGCGGGUGCUGAAGGCGGUGCGUGACCUGGCUCCAGAUUCACUCAUCAUCGAAUACAGGGGCAAGUUCAUGCUGCGCCAGCAGUUUGAAGCCAACGGUUACUUCUUUAAAAGGCCGUACCCGUUUGUGUUGUUCUACUCCAAGUUUGACGGGCUGGAGAUGUGCGUGGACGCGCGCAACUUCGGCAACGAUGCACGAUUCAUACGCCGCUCCUGCACCCCUAAUGCUGAGGUGCGUCACGUGGUCGAGGAUGGCAUGCUGCAUUUGUACAUCUAUUCACUGAGACACAUCAGUAAAGGCAGUGAGGUCACCAUUGGAUUUGACUACGACUAUGGCAGCUGUAAAUACAAGGUGGACUGCGCAUGCCUGAUGGACCACGAGUGUCCGGUCUUCAAGCACAACCUGGAGCCCACGGAGAACCUGGGCGGCGGGCUGGACUCUCGGCGCCGGCGCGCCCGCAAGGACAAGGAGCCGCUGCUCCUGGAGCGCGAGGACGGAGGCCAGAACCAGAACCUCAACCUCAACCUGAUGCUGGACGGGGAGGCGGCCAAGAGCAAGAACCUCGGUGACCCCAAGCAGAGGAAGCUCUCGCCGCUGCGCCUGUCCAUCUCCAACAACCAGGAUCCUGAGUUAAUUGAGGAUUUAGAAGAGAAAACCUCCGUUAGCAAUGAAGUAGAGAUGGAAUCAGAGGAGCAGAGUGCUGAAAGGAGGAAGAAGAUGACGCGAGAGGAGCGUAAGAUGGAGGCCAUCCUGCAGGCGUUUGCCCGCAUGGAGAAGCGGGAGAAGCGGCGGGAGCAGGCGCUGGAGCGCAUCGGCACCAAGACUGAACCCGGCACGUGCCGGGACAUCAAAGAGGAGCCGCCCGCCACGCCCGAGCCCGACUCCCCCGCCCCACUACUGCCUCUGUUUGACGCCGUGAAGGAGGAGCCGUGCAUGAGGCCGGUGACGGUCGUCACGGCUGCCAAGGUGAGCCGCUCGAAGCAGCGCAAGUCCUUCUCCCGCGGGCGCACCCACAUCGGGCAGCAGCGGCGGCGGGCACGCACCGUCAGCACCUGCUCCGACCUGCAGCCCGGCUCGCCCUCCGACCUCCUGGAGCCGCUGUCCGCCGACCCCGGCGAGGUGCUCGAGGGCCCCCCCAUCGCCGCCCCGGAGCCCGAGGUGGCCAUGCCCCAGUGCACGCCCGAAGCCAGCCCGCCCUACAGCGGCUCGCCCGCGCCAAUGCCUCGCCACGCCAACAAGUACCCCAAAACCAAAAAGCAGCACUUAGUGAGUGAGUGGAUGGGGGGCGAGAAGCAGCAGGACCAGUGGGCGGUGCGGACCCCGGAGCCCCCUCCGGAGCGGCCCCUGCGCAUCAGCAGCGACCCCGAGGUGCUGGCCACGCAGCUCAACUCUCUCCCGGGCCUGGCGCUCAGCCCGCACGUCUACACCACGCCCAAGCACUACGUGCGCUUCUCCUCGCCCUUCCUGGCGCAGCGCAGCCCCACCGCCCCGGGCCUGCCCACCGGGCGCCGGCGCUCGCGAGAGCUGCCCGAGACGCCGCCCACCACCGGCUCCUGCAAGAAGCGUUGGCUGAAGCAGGCCCUGGAGGAGGAGGGCUCCCCCUGCCCCGGAGGUCAGCUCAUGCUGCCCAGCGAGGGCCCCCUCAGCCCCCCCCUCAACGGCGACUCGGACAGCCCGCUCCCCUUCAACGGCAGCUGCACUCUACCAGAGCUGCCCACCCCUCUGAAGAAGCGUCGCUUGUGUCCGCUGGACGCCUGCAUGUCGGAGAGCUCCACCCCUUACGGCUCGCCGUGCGCCACGCCCACCCGAGCCGACCUAUCAGAUACGCCGAGCACGCCCCUGCUCCUGGCCACUCCUCCCCGCGUGCGGCAGGAAGACGCGGGCACAGAGUCCUUGCCCACCACGCCCACCCACACGCACGUUGCCCCCGGCAACGCAGCGCAGGGCACACUCACGCCGCAGGGGGCGAACACACCCUUCAACGUGCCACAGGAGAGUGAUGCGUCGGAGGAGAACUCCCCAGAAGGCAGCCGGAGAUCCAGUACCCAAGAGGUGGAGCGCGCCCCUUCGCUGCUCUUGUCUCCAACGCUGCUUCCCAUCAUCCUCCCCACCAUCCUCCCUGACGUGGCCCCCCAGGAGCCGAAGCCCGUGGUCACCCUGAGCCCCGAGCCCGACCCCCAGGAGCCAGCGGCGGCCCCAGACGAGGGAGCGGAGCCGGUGGCCGACGCCAGCGCAGGGGGGGACCCCCUCCAGCCCUCGGACGCCACCACCCCGACCUACCCGCCCUGGAUGAAGAGCCCGGAGCGCAGCGGUGGUGGUGGUGGUGCUGCCAGCGGCCUGUCUUUCUCUCCAAUCAACUCCAACCUGCGCGACCUGACGCCCUCCCACACGCUGGAGAUGGGUGCCUUCCGGCACGACGCCACGGGGACGGGGCCCAAUGCGGUCGCCGGCACGGCCGGCGCGGCAGCAGCGGCCUUCAUCGAGGGAGCCGCCGUCUUCUUCCCCGGAGAGGAGGGGGGGCAGUUGGGUUUCAGCCGCUCGCUCAGCGCAGACAGCAGCGGGGAGGGAGGGAGCACCGCCCAGAACCCCCCACCCAAGAAAAAGGUGUCUUUGCUGGAGUACAGGAAGAGGCAGCGCGAGGCUCGGCGCAGCGGCUCAAAGGCCGAGUGCAGCUCCCCGGUCGCCACGGUGCCGCCCGCGGAAAUGUUCCCCGUCGCCAUAGAGACGGUCCCCGAGCCGCCGGCUCCAGUGGCGGUGGCACCCGCACCCGCACCCACUCCCACGCCCCCCAGGCCAGCGAGGAGGGGGGCGACAGCACACCCCAGGGGGAGAGAGAGGGGGGAGAAGCACAGUGGACGUCUUCUACAUCAGUGGAACAGGCCAGAGAGCGCGGCUACCACAGAGCCCUGUUGCUAAGUGACCAUCGCAAGGACAAGGAUGCAGAUGGUCCAGAGGCAGAGGAUGGCGCACCUGUGAGGGACUGUCCCUCUCCCAAGAGCUGCAAGAGUCCCUCUACACACCCGCCGUGUUCUCCUGGUCCCAGCGCUCGCCCCCUGAAGG